AUGUUGAGUAUAACUAUUCUUUGGGUCAUUACAGUAUCUAUAAUAAUAACACAAGUAAGGAAAUACUUACAAAAACAACCAGUCAGGCUUCCUAUUUUUUCACAAGCUGUCGUUUGGUUCUUUUAUUCCACAUUUUUCACAUUUCCGUAUGAUGCUGUAUUGAAAGCUUAUAAUAGUUAUAUAACUGCAAGUCAUUGGACAGCUUAUGUUGAUGAUUCCAUAGCUGCUUUUGGUGCUAGUGAGAUUUUUAUUGCUUUAUUUUUGGUGAUUUUACAUUUGUUUGAUGAUCCUAAUCAAAAUUUAAGAAGUGGUUUCAUUGGAGUUUCUGUAUUGAGUGCUACUACUGUUUUUGGAUUCCAAUUUCCUGAACUACUUGAACAUUUAAGAUUAGUUUUCAGUAUGGGUUUUGGUAUCUGUGCAAUUACAAUUGGACUUUUAAAAAUUGUUUAG